CACUUUAAAUUCCAAACAAUUCCCUCUUUAACUUCCUUUUCUUCCACUCCUUCUCUCUUUUUGCACCUUUUUCUUCUUGCUGCCUCUCCUACCCCUUAUGUCUCAACUUCCCUUGACUCAACUCUCUCUCCCUUUCUCUCACCUAAAAUCUCUCCCUCUCACCGCCCCCACCUCCACAAAAGAAAAAAGGGAUUGUACUCCUCAAAAUCAUGUGCUUUCAAGAAUGUCAUUAUGGUUAGUUGGUUUGACAUGCCAUGGUUUGUCCUCUGUUUCAAACGACGGUAAGAGCAAAAUUUGAUAGAACAAGAGAAGAAGAUAAGUAAGAAACUUUGGGACAAUGAGUAGGAGGAUUCUCAGGAGAUUUUACGUAUUCAUUCAACUCGGCUGUUUUUUUAUCUGCUCAGGUUCAAAUGCUACACACAUUAUAAGAUUAGUAGAACAGAAUUCUAAGACCAUUUCCAGCAGCCAAAAGGACAUAACAACUCCAAUAACAACAGUUCCAACUGGAACUCUUACCACCACCACAACAACUCCAGUACUGAAUCCAACAAUCUCAGAUCCUGAUUCAACAACUAGUGGUCAAGCCAAUCCGGUAAUGACAACAGGAUCUUCAUCAUCGGGCUCGAGCUGGUGUGUUGCUAGCCAAGCUGCCUCACAAACAGCAUUGCAAGUUGCAUUAGAUUAUGCUUGUGGCUAUGGUGGUUCUGAUUGUUCUGCCAUUCAGCCUGGUGGCAGCUGCUACAACCCUAACACGCUCCGCGAUCACGCUUCCUUUGCAUUCAACAGCUACUAUCAGAAAAAUCCAAUUCCUAAUAGCUGCAAUUUUGCUGGUGCUGCUGUUACUACAAACACCAAUCCCAGUAGUGGUUCAUGUCAAUAUCCAUCAACAAGCACAAGUGCAUCCAUUUUGAAUACAACAAAUUCAAGCGGUUCGACAGUAUUUGGUGCUGGGCCUAUUACACCUUCUACUUCAGCAGCUGUCCCUCCAAAUAAGUUCCUAAAUUAUUACUGCCACAUCUUAACAUGUCUUGUGAUACUACUAGCUUACCAUGGUCGAUGAAAGCCAAUUUUAUUUCUUGGCAAUUUUGGAGGAGACGAGCUUUUUUGACAGGAUUAUAGAUAAUUAAUAUUGGGAAAAUGGUGUGACGAGUGAUGUCAAAUUGGAUUAAUUGUUUCUUUUUUAAUCAAUUUGCUGAUAUGACAUCUUGUGUUUAGGGAGAAAAAGAAAUUGUGUGCAGAGCUGCUGGAUUUGCAGUGUUGAUACUAUGCUUUUUUGUAAUACUGCUACUAGUAGUUAUGUGGAUAAAAGAUCAAACAAGAUACGUAUGGUCCUUUU